AAAUCCCUGGAGUCUGCCAGCGCGGGCAUAGAGGUCCGAGCUCCUCACCGGCUCCUAUACCCAGUGUCCGGUGGCACCGCCUCUGUUCCUCCUCCUCUCGGGCAUGGGCUGCACCCUGAGCAAGACUCUGUCCUCGCUGGUCCGGGGCUCGGAGGGCCGCAAGGGCUCCAACUCCGGCACCGGAGGCUCCGAAGCCGACCCCGUGGCCGACCCCCCUCCCCCGCCGCCGCCGGACCCGCGUCAGCCGCUCACGGCCAGGCAGAUCUUCAGCAUCUCCAAGUCGUGGAAGGCGAUCGCCCGGGCUAUGGAGCCCACAGGCAUCGAGAUGUUCGUCAGACUGUUCCAGGAGAAGGAGGACCUGCUGGACCUGUUCGAGAAGUUCCAGGCACUGCGCACCAAGGAAUCUCAACGCGAGAGUAUGGAGCUGGCACAGCACGCCUCGGUGGUCAUGACCACGCUCGACGAGGGCAUCAAUGCCCUCGACAACCUCGACUACUUCAUGAGCUACCUGCACAACGCGGGACGGCUUCACUACAAGAUCAAGGGCUUCAAGAAGGAGUACUUCUGGCACAUCGAGGGACCCUUCCUCGCUGCCGUGUCGGACACCCUGGGUGAUCGCUACACGGACAAUAUAGAAAACAUCUACAAGAUCACCAUCCGCUUCAUCCUACAGACCCUCAUCGAAGGUUUCGAAGAGGCCGAGAAGGAGGCAGCGCAGCAGGCCCGAUGAACAUGGCGCACCUCCGAUAGUUUCAAACGCACACACACAAGCACUGUGGGUACGCGUGUGCCGCACGCAGGAAAGAUGGUGGUGCCACCAUUG